UUGUAUCCAUCACAUCACAAAUAUGAUAUCAACUUGCUAGUUGGACACACAGCCGUUAUCUCUUUGGUUGGACAAGGAGUCACUGCUUCGUUUCAUGGAUUUAAUUUAAGCCAGGGAAGAUAUUUGGUCGCUUACUGUUGAGAGACAUUGCAGAGUCGACCUGCGUCUUUGGUUGUUUCAAUUGCCGGUACACUGUUAGCUUGGUGCUAGCUUUAACGGGCUAGCACUGGUUACGCUUCGUUGGCUCCCUUGUGUAGACGUUAGCUUGUUAGCGAAUUUACUGUAAUGCUUGAUACAACAUGUUUCUUGUAGUUAUCUUGAAGUUGAUUAUGUGUAUGUUCGUAAACUAAACAAACCGGCUUACUCCAAUUCACCACGUUGUUUGUCAUCACUGUUUUAGCGUUAGCUUAAAAAAAACCAAAAAAUCCUGGACACCAUUGUAAUAUUUAUUUUGGUAUCUAUAAAAGCCGCGCAUUAGAUGUUUAAUAACAAGCCAACUGCGAUAUAAAAACAACUUGCUGCCAUAGUGGGUUUUUGAAAUUUCGAAAUGGCGUAAGCCUAGUUACUUAGCAUGUCAACAUUGUAUGACAGUUGAUAGAUGCCAGGGCAGAGGAGUGCACAGCUGCAGCGUCCUCGACUGUCACUGGAGCUAAACCAUAGAUUAAAACCUUGGUGUCAAUCCCUCAUUGACAUUAAAACAUCCUCACUGAAACAAAAGACAAUGGAGUCCGUAAGAAGUGCUUUCCACGCUCAGCUGGCCACCGUCAUGGACUCCCUGCUGGCUGCUGCUGUCUGCGAGAUCGCCAAGAUCUUUGAGAGCAGCCUGUGUGAACAGCAGGCGCAGAAAACAGAGGAGAUCUCCAUCCUCAGAGGCAAGCUGGAGAAAGUGGAGAAGAGGCAGAAGGGGAAGAGUGGAGGGAACGAUGAAGGGGAGCUGUUAUCAGGAGAUAGAGAGGGCAGCAUGAGGCAGCAGACCCCCAUCGGAUCAGGACUAAAUGUGGGACAGGAUUUGUCUUCUGAUUUGGACCCAGUAGAAGGACUCAGUCAGAGCCUCAGUGGGAUGAAAGAAGAGGUCACUGGCCAGGAUGGAGCUUCAGUAAAACAUGAGCGUGCUGGAUCACAACCUACAGUAGGGUCUGUCACAGUCCAAGUCCCAGAGGUAACGCUUGCUGCUGGAGAACAAAGGAAGAUACAUACCCUGUCUGCUACACAAGCCAAGGCUAAAUUGUCUCACUGGGAUCAGGGCCGGGCAGAUCACCGAUCUCUCCGGGAUCAAGUCUCCACACCUUUUCUUUCCAUCUCCCAGAGCGGACGGUGCUCCCCCAGGCCUGACCCUGACCUAGCACAACCAGGGGAGUGGUUACUAGGGUUGGACGGCACAAAAGGUGGGGUGUCUGGUCUGGAGAACAUGCAGGCAGAAGGCACCAACUGCUCUGGUCCAGCUAGCAGCAGCACUGGCACAGACACAGCCUGCUUCAGACGGGGUUUUGGCUCUACUGAGACCAGCAACGAAGACGACGAAAGCUCCUUCCCUUUUCUGGACCAGGAGCCUGAGAACCACAACUCUAAUCAAAACUCUGUGCAGGGCCAGGGGGCACGGCAGGUUCAGCCUCAAGCCCCACCUGGUGAAUCUCCAUGGAGACCCAGAGAUGACAGGGGAGGGAGAGGCCCCAUCAAUCACACACGGCGGGUUUCAACUUUUGGCAAUAGAGACCCUCUCCGAACCCAGUCCAAUUCACAAUCGCUCGCUCUGCGACACACACACACUCUCAGCCACCCUCCAGCUCCAGCUGCAGGGAAUGGACGACCUUACACCUGCCCAUACUGCACCAAGUGUUUCACCUACCCCUCCCACCAGCGCAGACACCUUUUACGCCACACAGGAGUCAGACUUCAUCCAUGUCAGUUUUGUGACAAGAGUUUCCUCACCCCUUCUGAACUGACUGUGCACACCCGCACACACACAGGGGAGCGGCCUUUUGGCUGCGCCCAAUGCGGAAAACGUUUUGCCCGCAGUGGGAACUUAAGAGCCCACCAACGGGACGUUCACAUGGGGAAGAGACCCUUUGCUUGCACAGAGUGCGGGAAGAGGUUUGCCCACAGAGGGAACCUGAGGGUGCACAAUCACAGAGUUCACCAAGGAGACCCCUACUACAUGGACGAGCAGCAGGAGCCCGACAUAGCCCCUAAUCCCAUUUGAAAUCAUAAAACAAAUGAUGGCUCUGCACUAUUUGACCUUUCAAGGAUUCUGUUUUUUCAUAUUUGAUGGGAAGUUAGAAAAAAUCACCAUCAAAUGUUAUUGUUUUUAUUUAAUACAUUGUCAAAAUACAUUUCCAUUGUCUGAACUUUAUUUUAUUUUAUGAUUUAAUCUCCGAAUUAUGGGUCACACUCAAAGGGAAAGCUUUUUCUAAGUGUAUUCAAAGGAUGGAUAUAAUCAUCCCUGAUGAAGAAAUAUUAUCUAUUGAUGUAAAGAAAAAACCUCCUUAAAGAGGACAUCAUCUUACAAUGAGGCUUUUCAUGCAAUUGAAAAGUAAUUAUACAGAUCGGAGCACCUUUUCAUUACCAAACUGAAUGAUCUACAGAAUAGCGGAUACAAUACAGAAUACAAUACAGAAUACAAUACAGAAUAGCGGAUACAAGCGGUCCGAAAUGGGAUUUCUCCGCAGGGUGGCUGGCAUCUCCCUGACGGAUAAGGUGAGAAGUUCAGUCUUCCGGGAGGGACUCGGAGUAGAACCGCUGCUCCUUCACGUUGAAAGGAGCCAGUUGAGGUGGUUCGGGCACCUAGUGAGGAUGCCACAUGGGCGCCUCCCUAGGGAGUUGUUCCAGGCACGUCCAGCUGGGAAGAGACCGAGGGGUAGACCUAGGACCAGGUGGAGGGAUUAUAUCUCUUCGCUGGCCUGGGAGCGCCUUGGAAUCCCCAGUCAGAGCUGGUUGAUGUGGCCAGGGAAAGGAAAGUUUGGGGCUCUCUGCUGGAGCUGUUACCUCCGCGACCCUGACGGAAAAGCGGGAGAAGGAUGGAUGGAUGGAUGAUCUACAGAAUGAUGUUUUUCACACAGCAAAUAAAGUACAUAUAGUUGGUAUUAGAUUUAGACACGCGGCAUGCAAACGUAGUGUAGCAUGUCCGUUCCUUCAAAAUUGUUCUAUGUAUGCCCGUAUCCUCAAACUUUCAUUUUGACAGUGUUGUAAAAUGGAAACAUGUUGUUGCAACAACUUGAUGUUGUUAAAGAAGAACUCAGCUAUAGUUUCCCAUCUGUGAAAUAAAAUAUUGUACUUA